UCAAAACUCCAUUACGGCUUAGUCCAAUCUCUUCACCCACCAAACAACACAUCUCUCUCUCUCUAACCAAAACUUGAACGCAACCAAACGCUACAAUGACGGAAAAAAAGUGCGAGUUCCACUACCGCAAAUUUGCGGAGGCGGCAACGAGCCGCGUAUUGUACGUAUUUCUAGGCCUGGUCGCUACGGUUGCUGUUGUGAUUUUCUUGGUAUGGGCCAUACUUCAUCCGCACAAACCGCGUUUUGUCCUGCAAGACGUUACCAUUUACGAGUUUAACAUCUCACAACCUAAUUUUCUCAGUUCAAAUCUCCAAGUCACUCUCUCUUCUCGCAACCCAAACGACAAGAUCGGAGUUUUCUACGACCGCCUCGACAUAUAUGCCUCGUACCGCAACCAAGAGGUGACUUUCGCGAAUCUGUUGCCGGAAACGUAUCAAGGACAUCUGGAAGUGACAGUGUGGUCGCCGGUUCUGAUUGGAUCCGCCGUGCCAGUGGAGCCUUACCUGUCUCCAGCACUGAACGAAGACAUAAACGCCGGGAUGGUGCUUCUAAACAUCAAGAUCGACGGUUGCGUUAAGUGGAAAGUAGGCUCGUGGGUAUCUGGAUGUUAUCGGCUCCUCGUUAACUGUCCGGCGUUCAUUCCCUUCUCCGGCCAGUUAGUCGGCGCCGGUCCGGCGAUCAAGGACCAGCUUGCUCAGCAAUGUGCUGUUGACGUAUGAAAAAAAGAAGAGGAAUACUUUUUUAGACGAAUAAAGGAGUUAAAGCUUGCACAAGAACUGCCAGGAUUGCGCAAAGCUUACAAGGGUGGUUUUAUUUUUUAGUUGGAUAUAAGAGGCACAUGAAAACGACUAUGUAGCUACUGGAUAUUUGUGGAAUGAUUUUUUAUUUUAUUUUUAAAGUUAGUUAAACAAGUAAUUUAAAGCUCAUGAAGAAUAGUAGGUAUAGCCCUUUUUCAAAAAAAAGAAAAGAAUCGUAGCUAUAUUUAUCUCCAAUAUAUAGAUUGUAUUGGAUUGGAAAUGGUUAUUGUACCGAAGGUUUCUUUUAGGAUCAUGUUUCAUGGAAAGGAAAAUCAUACAGAGUUUACAUUGUACUAAAUUUAAAUAUCAGUUCUUUCACUU